GGGGAGAGAGAUAGAGAGAGUGUGCAUAUGUUUAAGAAGGAAACAAAGGUCCAAAGGUCGUUAGUUACGUUCCCUUUCUUUCUUCUUCGUCUUUGUUUGCUUCCCUUCUCCAAUUUUCCUUUCUUCUUCUCUCUCACAAGUCACAAGUCACUGAUUCAUUGAUCGGUGGAUAUUCCCUCACACCGAAUCACGACCAUGGCCGAAUCGGUGGAGCUUCCGAGUCGCUUGGCGAUCCUUCCUUUCAGGAACAAGGUCCUCUUACCCGGCGCCAUCAUCAGAAUCCGAUGUACUUCCCCUAGCAGUGUGAAGCUGGUGGAGCAAGAACUUUGGCAGCGAGAAGAGAAGGGAUUGAUUGGCAUCUUGCCAGUGCGUGAUGCUGCUGAAAUUAAGCCCCUGGGCCCAGUUGUAUCUCAAGGUACUGAUUCUGUAGACCAAAGCGCAAAAGUCCUAGGUGGUUCAUCUGAUUCUCAUAAGCUUGAAACAAAAAAACCGAAUGAUGUUGUUCAUUGGCAUUCCAGAGGGGUAGCUGCUCGAGCAUUACAUUUAUCAAGGGGAGUGGAGAAACCAAGUGGGAGGGUCACAUACAUAGUUGUUCUUGAAGGCUUAUGCAGAUUUAGUGUCCAGGAACUUAGCACAAGAGGAACAUACCAUACUGCAAGGAUAUCGUCCCUUGAGAUGACUAAGACUGAGAUGGAACAAGUGGAGCAAGACCCAGAUUUCAUAAUGUUGUCUCGCCAAUUUAAAGCAACUGCCAUGGAGCUUAUUUCUGCUUUGGAACUGAAACAAAAAACUGGUGGAAGGACAAAAGUCCUUUUGGAUACUGUUCCAGUUCACAAGUUGGCUGAUAUAUUUGUUGCUAGCUUUGAGAUCAGUUUUGAAGAACAGCUAUCUAUGUUGGAUUCAGUUGACCCCAAAGUCAGGCUUUCAAAAGCAACCGAGUUAGUUGAUAGGCACUUACAAUCAAUUCGUGUUGCGGAGAAAAUUUCACAGAAGGUUGAAGGACAGUUGUCAAAAUCCCAAAAAGAAUUUCUUCUGCGCCAGCAGAUGAGAGCUAUCAAAGAGGAACUUGGUGAUAAUGAUGAUGAUGAGGAUGACCUGGUUGCCCUGGAACGAAAGAUGCAGGGUGCCGGAAUGCCUCAGAAUAUAUGGAAGCAUGCACACAGAGAGUUGAGGAGACUUAAAAAAAUGCAGCCUCAGCAACCUGGGUAUACCAGUUCACGGGUUUACCUAGAGCUUCUUGCUGAUCUGCCGUGGCAGAGGGCCAGCGAAGAGCUUGAGCUAGACUUAAGAGCUGCCCGGAAGCGUUUGGACAGUGAUCACUAUGGUUUAGCAAAGGUCAAGCAGCGGAUAAUUGAAUACCUAGCCGUUCGCAAGCUUAAACCAGAUGCAAGAGGCCCUGUGUUAUGCUUUGUUGGACCACCAGGUGUUGGAAAAACAUCAUUGGCAUCUUCCAUUGCUGCUGCCUUGGGAAGGAAAUUUUUGCGCAUAUCCCUUGGUGGAGUCAAGGAUGAGGCUGAUAUUAGAGGGCAUAGGAGAACAUACGUUGGAAGCAUGCCUGGGAGACUUAUAGAUGGAUUAAAGAGAGUAGCUGUUUGCAACCCAGUUAUGUUGCUUGACGAAGUUGACAAAACAGGUUCUGAUGUUCGUGGAGAUCCAGCUUCAGCGUUGCUCGAAGUUCUUGAUCCCGAACAAAAUAAAACAUUCAAUGAUCACUAUUUGAAUGUUCCAUUUGAUCUAUCCAAGGUAAUUUUUGUGGCAACAGCAAAUAGGAUGCAGCCUAUUCCUCCACCACUUCUGGAUAGAAUGGAAGUUAUUGAGCUUCCUGGAUACACACCUGAGGAGAAGCUCCAAAUUGCCAUGCAUCAUUUGAUUCCAAGAGUUUUAGACCAGCAUGGAUUGAGUUCUGAGUUUCUUCAGGUUCCAGAGGAAAUGGUGAAACUUGUCAUUCAAAGAUAUACCAGGGAAGCUGGUGUGCGAAACUUGGAAAGGAAUCUGGCUGCCCUGGCACGUGCUGCUGCAGUAAAAGUUGCAGAGCAAGAACAGGUAGUUCCACUAAACAAAGGGAUGCGGGGACUUGCUACACCACUUAUGGAAAACAGACUUGCUGACAGCACUGAAGUUGAAAUGGAGGUGAUACCAAUGGGUGUCAAUAGUCGGGAAAUAUCAAACACGUUCAAGAUUGCCUCUCCUCUCAUUGUUGACGAAGCUAUGCUUGAAAAAGUGCUUGGGCCUCCAAGAUUUGAUGAUAGAGAAGCUGCAGAUCGUGUUUCAACCCCUGGAGUCUCUGUUGGACUGGUUUGGACUUCUUUUGGUGGAGAAGUUCAAUUCGUGGAGGCUACGGCAAUGGCAGGGAAGGGUGAACUGCAUCUCACUGGACAACUUGGUGAUGUUAUCAAAGAAUCAGCUCAAAUUGCAUUGACAUGGGUAAGGGCAAGGGCAACUGACUUUGGGCUGGCUACGGCAGACGGUAUUAAUCUUUUAGAGGGCCGAGAUGUACACAUUCAUUUUCCGGCUGGUGCUGUACCUAAAGAUGGUCCUUCAGCUGGUGUUACUUUGGUCACAGCGCUGGUAUCACUCUUCAGUCAGAAGAGGGUAAGAUCAGAUACAGCUAUGACUGGAGAAAUGACAUUGAGGGGGCUUGUACUCCCUGUUGGUGGCGUCAAGGAUAAGGACCUUGACCACUUCAAUAACUACAAGUGGAAUUCAACCGCUGAUGCCAAACACCACCAACAAACAGUUGAAGAAGGGAGGAUAUUCCAAUUUCUUGCAGGCCUCAAUGUGGAGUUAAGAUGAAGUUCGUGGCACAAUUAUUGGAAGAGCAAUCCUACCUUUAAUUGGAGAAGUAUUUGCUGAAGUUAGAAGAGAGAAAACUCGUAGAGCUGUGAUGAUGGAAAAGGCAAGACUGAACAGACUUCUUUGGAGUGUAAUGCACUCUUAGUGGCACCUGCUGCACUUAAAAGUUCAUCAAAUCAGAAGCACCCCUCCAAUCUUUGAUGUGACCACUGCAAUAAACCUCGCCACACCCGAAAAAUCUGUUAGAAGAUUCAUGGAAAACCAAUAUAUUUUAAAGGCAGCAAACCUAGUCCCAGAAUACGUUCUACCCCAACUGCUCAUGAGGUUGAAAAUUCAUCCUCGAGUAAGGAAAAGGUUGAACAGCUCAUAAGGAUGUUAAAUUCCAGUUCUGUGUCUAGUACUUCUAGCGGUUCUUUGGCUUAAACAGGUAAUUUUAGUAUUCCUAUGUCCCUUAACUGCACUUCAAACUUGAAUGCAUCAUGGAUUGUCGAUUCAGGUGUAUCUGACCAUAUGAUCAAUCUCUCCCCCUUAUUUAAAACUUAUUCUCCUUGCUUUGGAAACGAGAAAAUUAGAGGAGUUGAUGGUAGUUUUUCAUCUAUUGCUGAAAAAGGUAUAAUUAAAUUGUCCAAAAAUAUUGACCUAAGAAAUGUCCUACAUGUACCAAAGCUUUCUCGUAAUUUUCUCUCUAUUAGUAAAAUCUGCAAGGAUUUCAAUUAUGCUGUGGCAUUCUUUGACACUCAAGGUAUUUCUUAGGAUCGGACCUCGGGAAAGAUGAUUGGCAAUGCUAAGAUGAUGGACACUCUAGUUUUUCAUCUCAAACAUUUGUUUCCAAAUUUGUUUAAGAAUAUUGAUUCUUCCUUACUUAAAUGUCAGUUAUAUUCGUGCAAAAAGGUCAUAGAGUUCCUUAUUACUCUUAAUCUUAUCAUGCGUCUAAACCUUUCCACUGAAUUCAUAGUGAUGUAUGGGGUCUAUCGAAAAUAACAACUCAAUUUGAAAAAAAAUGGUUGUAACCUUUAUCGAUGACCACACACAACUAUGUUGGAUCUAUAUCAUGCAUGAUAUUUUUCAACAAUGGUACAAACACAGUUUGACACACAAAUUUCAAAAUUAAGAAUGAUAAUGUCAUUGAAUACUUUAAUAAAAAUCUUGGUAAAUUUCUUCAAAAAAAGGUAUUCAAUAUCAAUUUACAUGUCUCAAUACACCCCAACAAAAUGGCAUUGCUAAAAGGAAGAAUAAACAUCUUGAAGUAGCAUGUGCCAUUAUGUUUGAGGGUAAUGUUCCAAAGUAUUUAUGGGGAGAUGCUGUCCUAACAGCAGCCUAUCACAUAAAUCGAAUGUCCACGCAUGUGUUAAAUUACUGCACAUCGUUGGAUACUUUCAAUGAUUUUUCAGCAUGUACGUUGCAUUCUGACUUACCUUUAAAAGUAUUUGGUUGUACUGUGUUUUUGCAUACACCUUCAUAUCAAAAUAAACUUGAUCCAAAGACAGAAAAAAAUACAUUUUUGUUGGUUAUUCUCCAAGUCAAAAGGGUUAUAAAUGUUUCAAUUCAUACACACAAAGAUUUUAUAUAAGCAUUGAUGUUACUUUUUUGGAAUAUGAAACCUUUUUUUAGAAAAAUUCUCUACAGGGGGAGAGUCUAAGUGAAUUUUUUUUUUUUGCUUGAACCUUUACCCACUCCUAUUUUACAUAUUAAGGGUACAACUUUCAUUGAUCAAGCAAAUUUUAAAACAAAAUGUGGAAACCAAUUCUGUAAUUGUGCCAAAAUUAGUUGGAACCCAAACAGGAAAAAAAAUACCACAAUCAGAAAAGAAGCUUUAAUGUUAUGUUCGGAAAUAUCCCAAGAGGACUAGAGUCCAGCCCAUCAUCUCUGUAUCAACCCAAUUUGAAAACUCAGAAGACGGUCCAACUGUAUUACAUCAGGAACUUCCAGGUAAAUCUGAAAUUGCCACUUCUAAUAAUAAUUUACCAAUAGCCUUUAGUAAAGAAACCAGAACCUGCACCAAAAAAGCGCUCAAAACCAGCACUAACCAUCCUAUUUCCAAUUAUGUCUCUUAUCAAAAUCUCUCUCAAAAUCAUCGAACCUUUACUUCUAAAAUUACAAAUCUGUUUGAGUUUAGGAACAUAAAGGAAGCACUAAAUGAUUCCAACUGGAAAGUAGUAGUGUCAGAAGAGUGGCAUGCACUCAAGAGGAAUAAAACUUAGGAGAUUAUAAACCUGUCACAGGACAAAUUGGUUGGCUGAAAGUGGAUUUUCACCAUCAAGUGCAAGGCUGAUGGAAGCAUAAAGAGGUAUAAGGCUAGGUUAGUAGCUAAGAGAUUUACACAAACCUAGGGAGUAUACUAUCAAGAAACCUUUGCUCUAGUUGCUAAACUCAAUUCUGUGAGGAUUCUCUUGUCUCUUGUGAAUUACAAUUGGCGUUUACAUCAAUUGGAUAUAAAGAAUGCUUUCCUGAAUGGGGAGCUAGAGGAAGAUGCGGUCAUGAAACUUCCACCCGGAUUUGAGGCUGAACUAGGGAGGAAUAAAGUAUGCAAACUAAAGAAGUUUCUCUAUGAAUUGAAACAAUCCCCAAGAGCUUGGUUUGAACGACUUGGAAUGGCGGUGAAGGGAGUUAGUUAUACUUAAAGCUAAGUUAACCAUACACUUUUCUAUAAAAAUUCAACAGCUAAUAAAACUGCUAUCUUAAUUGUAUACGUGGAUGACAUUAUUCUGACAGGUGAAGAUAUCUUGGAGCUGAAAGACUUGAAGGAGAAGCUUGCCAAAGCAUUUGAAAUAAAAAAACUUAGCUCAUUAAAAUACUUUUUUGGAAUUGAAUUUGCAAGAUAUAAGAAAGGCAUUUUUAUGAACCAACAAAAGUACAUCCUAAAUCUUUUAAAAGAGACGGAAUUACUUGGUUGUAAAGUUGCUAAAACACCUAUAGAGCCCAACUUAAAAUUGAAGCCAGCUGAACCAGAAAAUGUAAUGGACAAAGGGAGAUAUCAGCGGUUAGUAGGAAGGCUAAUCUAUUUAUCCUAUAACGGAUAUAGCCUUUGCUGUGUACAUGGUAAGCCAGUUUAUGCAUUCACCUGGCCGAGAGAGAGAGAGAGAGAGAGAGAGAGAGAGAUCCAUAUGAACUUUUUUUUUCUUUUGAGAGAGAGAGAGAGAGAGAGAGAGAGAGAGAGAGAGAGAGAUGUGCUUUCAACCUGGAGCUGCUUUCAACCCCAUGGCUCUGUUACUAGAGGUGAAGCAGGUGGAGGACGUCGCUCAGUAUAAGUGUGAGUUUGAGGCUGUAGCAAGAACGCAGAAAAACCUGGAAACAGAGGCUCUUAUGUGCAUGUUUGCAAAUGGACUCAAAAAGAAAAUUUAGGUCGAGUUGGAGGUGGCUCGGUUCGAUAACUUACUAGCUCUAAUGAAUAGAGCCACGGCUAUUGAAUGAAGAAAUCAAGCAUGGAAGGAGACCGGAGUUGACCCUAACGGCAGGAGGGUGGAAGUGUUGCCGAAAGGGAGCAGGUUAGGGGGUCUGGUUCGGUGGGAGCUGGAUUUGGAUUUUUCAAAAAUCCUAGUUUGGCGAAGUACAACACCCACGACAACAGAGGCGAAUCGAGGGGCGAAAUUGGAUCCAACAUAAGCAGAGGCACCCCUAUUCCUCGUACAGGCCUUAACACCAGUUCGAACAGAGGCAUUAGCGCUUUUCAUUUGUAGAUGACUCGUAACAGCAGCACGGCGGCUUUCAAACGAAGAGUGGACAGAGAGACAGAGGAAAGGGUUGUGCUUCAGAUGUGGAGAGGAGUGGGGAGCUGAUCAUAGGUGCUCCAUGAAGCACUAUCAAAUAUACUCCUAGGAGAAGAUGCAGAAGAAGAGGCAGAAGGAGACGUAGGGAUGAACUAAGAGGCACAUGAAGGGGAACCUAAACAAGAAGAGCUGUAACUGUCAUCAUAUAGCUAUUGGGGACUUACUACUCACAAGACCUUUAAGGUCCAAGGGGAGAUUCAGGGAAGAACAGUCGUGGUGCUCAUCAACCCUGGGGCUUCGGCAAAUUUCAUUGCCACCGAGUUGGUUAGGCAGCUGGCGUUACCGGUGAGAAAGAUAAGGGAGUUUCAAGUGGAGGUGGGGAACGACGCUGUAGAAAAGGGGCAUGAAGGCUGUGAAGGAGUUAACUUGAAUAUUUAAGGGGUCCAAAUAGUUUAAAACUUCUUUGUAAUGAAGCUGAGUCGUUCGGAGGUGGUGGUAGGAGCAUGAUUGCUGGCGAGUCUAGGGAGGUUUGUGGGAGAUUAUAGAGAAUUAACAUUGAACUGGAAGCAAGAUGGUAGGGAGAUGCAACUAAAAGGUGAUCUUUCCUUGAGCAGAAGCAGGGCUUCAUGGAAGAAAGCUUUGCACGCUUUGAAAAGUGAUGGGGAGGGUUAUGUUAUCACCACCAGGGUUGCUGCCACCAAAGAGCAAGAGUAAGAGGUGAUUUCUGCAGAAGCUAAACAAUUUCUGCAACAAUAUGGGGACUUAUUUUAGACCCCUGUAGACCUCCCAUCCAAACACGAGAAGGACCAUACAAUUAUCUUGAAGGAAAGGUCAGAGAUUCCUCGCAUCAGACCCUAUAGAUACCCACAAUAUCAGAAAAUCAAGAUUGAGAAAAUUGUAGAAGAGAUGCUGAAUUCUAGCAUCAUACGUCCGAGCACUAGCCCGUUCUCAAGUCCGGUGAUCCUUGUUAAAAAGAAAGAUGGAGGCUGGCGAUUCUGUGUAGAUUACCGAGCAUUGAAUCGAGAGACCAUAGCUGAUAAAUUCCCAAUUCCGGUGAUUGAUGAGCUACUAGACGAAUUGGGAAAUGCAAGAGUAUUCUCUAAAUUAGACCCCAAGUCCGGCUAUCACCAAAUAAGGAUGAGAGAAGAUGACAUCCACAAAACCGCUUUUCGAACUCAUGAAGGACAUUGAGUUUCUCGUGAUGCCCUUCGGGAUCACAAACGCUCCUUCUACUUUCCAGGCACUCAUGAAGUAGGUGUUGCAGCCACUUUUGAGGAAGUUCAUUUUGGUUUUCUUCGAUGAUAUACUCGUCUAUAGCUUGAGUUUGGAAGAACAUUGGGGUCAUUCGUAGUAGAUUUUUGAAGUUCUCCGGUGCAACCAACUCUACCUCAAUAAGAAGAACUGCUCGCCCAAGAACGUGUUGAAUACCUGGGUCACAUUAUAUCUAAAGAAAGAGUGGUAGCAGAUCCCAAAAAGGUUCAAGACAUGGUGGAUUGGCCAGUUCCAAAGGACCUCAAAAGGUUGAGGGGAUUCCUUGGGUUAACCGGUUACUAUCACCGUUUCGUGAAGAAUUAUGGAGGCAUAGCUUGGCUCCUUACACAACUAUUGAAGAAGGAUCAAUUCAAGUGGGGUAAUGAGGCACAAGCAGUUUUUGAAGCACUCAAGAUUGCCAUGGUGAUAGUCCCAGUGUUGGCUGUCCCUUCAUUUCAAAUCCCUUCGCAAUGGAGACUGAUGCUUCCGGGAAGGGAAUAAAGGCAGUACUAUUGCAAGAAGGCAGGCCGGUGGCUUACAUGAGUCAUAAACUUUCUGAACAGGCUCAAGCUAAAUCUGUUUAUGAGAGAGAGUUGAUGGCUAUGGUCUUGGCAAUUCAAAAAUGGAGGCAUUACCUCUUGGGGUCAACGGUUCACUGUUUAUAUGGACUAGAAAAGUCUUAAAUUCUUUCUUGAUAUGUGAAUUGGAGGCAAGGAACAACAGAAGUGGAUGACCAAGUUGCUUAGGUUUGAUUUUGAAAUAAAAUACAGGGCAGGGAAAGACAACAAAGUAGCUGAUGCCCUUUCCAGAAAAUUCCAAUUUGCUGCUGUUUCUAUGGUUUCAGCUGCUGAAUGGGAAAACUUAGAAGAUGAGGUGCAACAUGACCCAAAACUCGAGCAUCAUGCAGGAUCUGAUUUUCGAAAAGGAGGUUACUGCUGGAUAUGCAUUGAAAAAUGGGUGGUUGCUGCACCAAGGACGUUUGGUUAUUCCAAGGCAUUCGAAGUUGAUUUCCAAGAUAUUGGAGGAAUUCCAUGACACAAAGUUGGGAGGACAUUCUGGUUUUUUUCAAACUUGUAAGAGGAUAGUUGGAA